UCUUCCCCCUCCUUCCCCAGUACUACGAAAUGUCGUACGGUUUGAAUAUUGAAAUGCACAAACAGACAGAAAUUGCUAAAAGACUGAACACGAUUUUAGCCCAGAUCAUGCCUUUUCUGUCACAAGAGCACCAACAGCAGGUGGCCCAGGCUGUUGAGCGUGCCAAGCAAGUGACAAUGACGGAGUUGAAUGCUAUCAUCGGGCAGCAGCAGCUCCAGGCCCAGCACCUCUCCCACGCCGCCCACGGGCCCCCGGUCCAGCUGCCGCCGCACCCCUCGGGGCUCCAGCCGCCCGCCCCUUUUUCCAGCGCUCCCCUUGCAGAGUUCCAUCCUUUUUUCCCGUUCCCAAGGCAAUUCCAAGGCCACACGGACGGGGCCAGCUGCAUAGACAUCUCCCACGACGGUACGAAGCUGUGGACGGGGGGCCUGGACAACACGGUGCGAUCCUGGGACCUGCGGGAAGGGCGGCAGCUGCAGCAGCACGACUUCACCUCCCAGAUCUUCUCUCUGGGGUACUGCCCCACGGGCGAGUGGCUGGCAGUGGGCAUGGAGAGCAGCAACGUGGAGGUGCUGCACCACACCAAACCCGACAAGUACCAGCUGCACCUGCACGAGAGCUGCGUCCUCUCCCUCAAAUUCGCCUACUGCGGGAAGUGGUUUGUGAGCACCGGGAAGGACAACCUGCUCAACGCCUGGAGGACGCCCUACGGAGCCAGCAUCUUCCAGUCCAAGGAAUCCUCGUCCGUGCUGAGCUGCGACAUCUCUGCGGAUGACAAAUACAUCGUCACGGGCUCUGGGGACAAGAAGGCCACGGUCUACGAGGUCAUCUACUGAGCCUGGGAAUUCCAGCCCUCGGGAACGCUCCGGGAACGCCCAGGGGAGGCCCCGGGCCCGGCCCAGCUCCGCCCGGCACCCGCCACACCUGGAUUUAUUUGGAGAUCUGCAGCAGCUCUGGCACACACGGAAGCCCUAAAAAGGAUUUUUAUUUGGUUUUAAGGUUUUUUGGGGGUUCCUUUUGAUUUUUUUUUUUUGUUGUUGUUGUUGUUUUCCGGUUCUUUCCGUCUGGCUUUGGUGGCACUAUAAAGGACUCCUUUUUUAUUGGGACUUCUAUUUUUUUUUGGUUUUUUUUUUUUGUGCAUCCCGCAUAAGACUUGUGAAAAAUGUAAAUACUGGACUAGGAAAUAGCGUGGGAAGGGGGGAACCCUCCCAGUACACUUA